AUGCCCACCACUCGCCAGAAAGCCGCAGAUACAGGCUCGGAAGUUCUCCACGGCCUCGUUGAAGAGAAACGUGUUCGAAAACCGAGGUCUGCUGGCUCCAGUAGUGCUCCUAAGACUCGUCUAAAGAAAGGUGCAAAGAAGGGCAAAGGCAGGCUUGAUCCGAAUCUGCCUCAUAUUGCGGUUGCAAACUUGCUUUAUGAGCGUGGAAAUAAUACUCAGUUCCCUGAGAAGUCUCCACAGCUGAACCCCAAUCAGCAAAAACCAAGGACAUGGAGCACCGAUAAAGCACCCAUCACCGAUCCCUCCCAGUUGCCCGAAGGAUGGAGUGUCAACGAGCUAGAUCUCGAUCCAUCUGAUACCGAUGCUCAGAUUGCAAGAUGCCAGAAGCGCAUUGCGGAAGGGAUCAUGCCUCAGAUCUUUGAAGAUAGAUUGAAAAAAUUCUCAAAAAUCAAGGAGGAGAAAAUGGCGAUGGUCAAGUCUGAGCCCGACGGACUUAGCUGGGAAGUUGUCCAACGCCUCGAUUGUUUGAAAAAGAUCCAAGAUAGCCUUGAGCAAGAAGACCCCGGUAACAAUCUUCCGAACGUGAGAGGCAUUAUCGCUGCCUAUAGGACUCAGCAAUUGACCUGGAAUGAAAACUUCGUGACUUAUUGGUCCAAUGGAAACCUCCUUGCAGGUCCUCGACAGUUGGACAUGAAAGAGCUCUAUGGUCUCAGUGCGAAGCACGGUCCGAAGGGAUUUUGGGUGGAGGGAGUAAGUUCGACUUCACAUGGGAGUGAUAUUCAUGCUGAGAUCCUCCAGAUUGACGGCUACAAACCGGCCCCGAUGAAUGCGUUCUUCCCGGCAGCCAUUUCUCACAGAGCACUGGCCAUCCAUAGCACAAAGGCUGACGUUGAUCAGAUUAGAAUUGCAAUUCGGAAUCCUGCUACCGCGCACUCAAAUACAAUGGCGAUGACCGUCGAACAUGACUUCCUCUUGGAUACUGGGUCUUCAUCAAUGCGUCUUUUCCCGCAAGACAUCGCUGAAAUUGAGACUCUGUCUGGAGCAGUGGUCCCCGGUAUUGGAAACUCCAUGAAUCAGACUGCAGCCGGAUUGAUGAAUGUUCAGAAUGUGGUCCUGCAAGCCAUGAUUUACGUCCAGGGUGAAGCCCUUCUUCCCGGUUGGGUCAACAUUAAAGCCUGUGUGAGCAGUUCCGGUGGUGCAGGAGCAGAACGGCUGUCGGGUGUAUGGUUAUUCAAUCUCUUGUUCAUCCUGUCCAUGCCAGACAACCAACGAGGUCUAUUCAUUGGCACUGAUGUGGGCGAGAUGCUGGCCACCCUGCCUAUUCCGGACUAUAGAAACGCGAUACCUGCACCGAUCAUUUACUGA